UAUCUCUAAUUUGAGAGAGAGAGAGUGCCUUCCCGCCUUCUGACCGUUGGUUUCCCCUGAAAGCUCGCACUCGACGGAGGAAGAUUUGUCCAUUAGAAAUGGUCCAAGAACAGCCAACCAUCCCUCCCCCAAACAUAGACAUGGAUACGACAUAUUCUUUCACCUCUCUGACCCUAAUCGUUCUCCCGUCCGUUUAUAUACCCCGCCGGAGAUCUCUGCUGCCCUGUCGUUCCCCUUUCGGAUUCUCCUGCGCCGAGCUCAAUGGGUAUUUGUUCAAGCAAACCCAGCGAGCUAAAUGUCGCCAGCCCCCACGCUCCUCCCGCCGAGAGCCCCACCAUUCCCGACCCUGCUCCUCUUGAGGCCAAGACCGAGAGUGCCGAAGACGGCAAGGAACCGCCACUGGUAGACCUCUCUGAGCCGACUGGUGAAAGCCCGACUGCUGCUGUUGUCGAGGAGCUUGAUCCAGGGAUCAGCGAGCUGAAACUAGUCGAGGAAACAGAGGCCGCCGACACAGAUGGCAAGGAGAAACCUGUUGCAGCAGAGGAGCACCCGCCGCAGUGAGUUUGAACGCAUGGGGAACAAAAGCUGAUAUCUAUAUCGUCGCGUUGCUUCCAUUGAACCAAACGAGAAUGAGAUCUUCUUGCAUUGCCGUCAAUCUUCGUCUCUGUGUUGCUCUCGUCUGACCUUAUCAGACACGUAGAAUAAUUGACUGUGAUGACAAUUUCUGCAUUCUAAGAGUUCGACGAUAAGCUUCAUAGUUCGA